UGACAGGGUCACACACAGGACCAAGCAGGAGCAGGACCUCAGCAUUUUUACAUGUUAUUACAAAUGGAGAAACAUGAAGAUGUUCAAUAUUGUUUUCAAGACAGAAACUCUUCUUGCAGAAAGGCUUUGCUAUCAACAUCUAUCUAUAUAACACUGUACAUCUUCUUCUCAUUGAUUUCAGCAGUUACAGUAUUUUUGAACGUACUGGUGAUCAUCUCCAUCUCUCACUUCAAGCAGCUCCACACUCCAACCAACCUGCUCAUUCUCUCUCUGGCUGUGGCAGAUCUCCUGGUGGGACUGAUUGUGAUACCAGUAACGACUGUAGCAUUAAUGGAAUCAUGCUGGGGUUUUGGGGAAUAUUUCUGUGUGUUUUAUUUCUACAUCACUUGUUUAUGUGCUUCCUUAUCUCUGGGCAAUUUGGUCUUGAUUUCUAUUGACCGCUAUGUUGCUGUGUGUGAUCCCUUAUUGUACCACUCUAAAAUAACAAUAACAAGAAUGAUGUGUUGUAUAUCCAUUACCUGGUGUUUUUAUAUCAUAUAUGAUGCUGCUAUUAUAAACAUAUUUGUAAAUGUACAGGUACCCAGUCAGUGUUUGAAAGAAUGUUUUAUUGUUGAAGGGUAUAUGUGGGGUAAUAUAAUUGACCUUGUAAUUACAAUGGUUGUCCCGUGCUCUAUUAUUAUAACACUUUAUUUGAAAAUCUUUGUGGUGGCCAGAUCACAGGCCAGAAAGGUAUUUUCAAAAGAGGCUGCCAGUGUGUCUGGUGGUAAAACAGUACAGGCAAGUAAGUCUGAGAGGAAAGCAGCAAAACUCUGUCUAUUGUUGUUGUCAACUAUUUCAUUUGUUGGAUUCCAUUUCUAUUUUCUUUUUCUUUGUUUCUUUUUUAAGUGACAAUUUACUAUCAUUCAUCCUCAGCUUUCUGCCACUUGUUAAUUCCUUAAUUAAUCCAAUAAUUUAUGCUUUCUUUUAUCCAUGGUUCAAAGUGACUGCUAAACAUAUUUUAACUCUGAAGUUAAGGUGUUAAUAGUUCCUGUAUUUGUAUUUCUAAGUUUGAAAAAAUGGUUUGACAUAGUUUUGUUACACAAUUGUUCUUUCAUGCAACAAUACACUGACAAUACAGAGAUGAAUGUGGUGUUGAUACAGAAUGAUUUGGCUGGAUUGGAUUGGAAUGACUUAAAGAAGGCAUAAAUAAAAAAAGGAGAAUGCAUAAGAAGGUAUAAGCUUGUUUUAUAAAAUACACUGAAGUCAUUUUGGGUUGUAUUCUCCAAAGUCCAAAGCCUGUGGUUGUUCCAUGUUAUUUAAUGAUAAAUAGUAUUUAAUUAUUCUAAAAGUACAUUUUGAGGAAGUCAUGAAUCAUGAUAUAUAUUGUCUAACAUUUCCCUCUAGUGGCUACAUAGUGACACAACACCUUUAACAAGUGCAGAGAAGUUGAAAUGUUCAGUACGGCAUGAUAUCAGAUGACGUCCAAGUCUAUCUCAAUGGUGUAUUGUGUAAGUAGUUGAUGGUAAAAUGCAAGAAUAUGCAAUUAUGUGUACCACUUUAUAAUGUUCAGUAAUAAGCCAUUUGGUAGGUAUUUACAGUUUGCUAACCAUUUAUUAUUACGCACAUAUUUGUUAAAUGUUAAUCACCUGGGUAUUA